UGUCGGUCAGGGAGGCUGGUGCUCUGACGUGACAGUAUAAGCUCAUUACACUGUCAGGUUAAGAAAGUAAAACACUGUCCGUCAGCUCUCACCUCUUACUAUUAUUACCCCACCAGAUGCUGGCAUGCGCGUGCUCUUCCUAGCCUGCUUAAGUCCAAAAACAGGGAACUGUACCACAGCCGAAAGAAUAAGGGAUCACAUUAUUGCUGCAGGACACAGUUGUGUUCUUUGUGAUACAAGGGAAUUCGCCUCUGCCUCCGAUGUGACGUCAGUGAUGACGAAAGCGCCAGGGUUCGAGGCUGCGCUUGCCAUUCAUCUUUUCAAAGGAGGCAGGCUUCUUUUAGAUAGCGGAGUGCCAUUCGGUGUGGUGUUUGGAGGCACAGACGUCAAUGAGGACGUGAAGGAUGAGCACAAGCGAGCCGCAAUGGAGAGAGUUUUGCACAAAGCCAGGUUUGCUGUGGCAUUCACUGACAGAUUGAAAGAACAGGCUGAAACGCUUUUGGUAUGUGAAAGCAAGAAGAUCCAUGUUCAGCCUCAAGGGAUUGAGACCAGAGUGGCGUCACAUUUCAGCUGGAGAGACUUCUUACACAGUACAGGUGUGUCUACUGAGAAGGUGGAAGAUCUACGUGUGUUCCUGUUGGUUUGUGGACUCAGGCGAGUUAAGGAUCCUCUUUAUCUACUUGAAGCUUUUUCAGAAUGGCACAUACAAAACCCUCUGGUGCUCCUCAUCAUCAUCGGUCCAAAGGUCUCCAAAGGCGUUUCAGAGAGUUUGGGAGUACAUCCAACCGGCCUCACAACCGCAGACCACUGUAUCCACACCAGCCCAGAACCUCCACAUCUAGCAUCUUCACCUCCAAGAUCGUCUGAGACCAGCCACCCGGACAGCUGCUGCAACAUCGGCUUGCAUAGCCAAAGAAUUUCCACACAAACCGUCAGAAACCGUCUCAGGGAAGCUCAUCUGCAUGCUUGUCGUCCUGAUCGGGGUCUUGACCUGACUGCAGUUCAUCGUCGUAACCAACUUGAGUGCGCAAAUGCUCACAUUCGAUGGCGUCUGGCACUUUGGAGAGGUGUUCUCCUCACGGAUGAAUCCCGGUUUUCACUUUACAGGGCAGAUGGCAGACAGCGUGUGUGGUGUCAACCUUGUGGAUCGAGUGGCCCAUGGGGUCGGUGGGGUUAUGGUAUGGGCAGGCAUAUGUUAUGGACAAUGAACACAGGUGCAUACUGUGAUGAGAUCCUGAGGCUCAUUGUUGUCCCAUUCAUCCACAUCCAUCACCUAAUGUUGCAGCAUGAUAAUCCACAGCCCCAUGUUGCAAGGAUCUCUUCACAAUUCCUGGAAUCCGGUUCCUGCAUGGCCAGCAUAAUCACCUGUCAUGUUACCCAUUGAGCAUGUUUGGGAUAAUCUGGAUCGGCGUAUACGACAGCGUGUUCCGGUUCCUGCCAAUAUCAAGCAACUUCGCACAGCCAUUGAAGAGGAGUGGACCAACAUUCCACAGGCCACAACCAACAACCUGAUCAACUCGAUGAGAAGGAGAUGUGUUGCACUGCGUGAUGCAAAUGGUGGUCACACCAGAUACUGACUGGUUUUCAGGGACCCCAAUACAGUAAAACUGCACAUUUUAGAGUGGCCAUUUAUUGUGGCCAGCCUAAGGCACACCUGUGCAUUAAAUCAUGCUGUUUAAUAAAACACAGAUUUAGACAGAUUUGUGAACGAUAUUUGAGAGAAAUAGGCCUUUUGUGUAAAUAGAAAAAGUCUUCGAUCUUUGAGUUAGCUCAUGAAAAAUGGGGCAAAAACAAAAUUGUUGCGUAGUUGUAUUGAAUUAAAAUGUGCAUCAAAUAUCGCAUGAAUAGGCGAUAAAUUUAAAGGCUGAUAGCGGAAUAAAAACAAACCGCGCUCAUGCUCUCAUAUCAUUUUUGACCUAAAUUCCAUGUGCUGCGGCCGCCGCGACCAGCCAAUACAUGCAAAGCCCUCAUCAUAAUGAAUCAGAUUGAGCAACAACCCCGUCCUGACCCUAAUCUCGCAAAAUCUAUGGGAUUUCAAAUGCCGUUUUUUUCCCCCUAGGACAACUGGCCAUGUAGGAAAUUAUGAUCAGUAUGAAACGUUGUCUUGUCCACGGGCCAUGAUUUGGUAUUAUUGACAGUAUUUCACAAAGUAGAUGAGAGGCUGGAAUAAAACAAGCAAGAGAAAAAAAUAGCAACUUGGGAUUUGUGUUCUUUACUGAUAAUAAGCAAAGAUAAGCUAUAGGAACUUCUGCAUAAUAACACAAAUUCUCAUUUCUCAUUACGGCGUGACCUGAUGUUACUUUUCUGAUUCAAUGGCAGUUUGAUGGCACGUGCGAGUCCUGUGUGAAAACAUGUGAGCUGAAACUUGGUUGCAUUGACUGUUGUGUUUGACUGAAGGAGAUUAAAAGGUUUAUUUGCAAUAUUGGCCAGAUUUCAUUAAUUAAUUAUUUCAUAAUUAAAGACAAAUUUUCAAAGAACACUGUAAAAAAUAACUAGUUAGAUUUACUUUUUUCAAAAUUUGCACCUAUUUAAAUCCAUUUACCAUAAAAAUAUCUGUAAAAUUUAGUUUGAAAAUUGCGCGCA